AUGUUACCACGCCUUGCUAUUACCACGCCUUCAUGUUACCACGCUUUGCCACGCCUUACCAUCACCGCGCCUCCUGCCGCCCUUGCUGUUGCACCGCCUUCAUGUUACCACGCUUUGCCACGCCUUACCAUCACCACGCCUCCUUGUUACCACGCCUUUACCACGCCUCCAUGUUACCACGCUUUGCCACGCCUUCCCAUCCUGUUGCCACCGCCUUGCUAUUACCACCUUGCUUACCACGCCUCCUUGUUCACGCCUUCAUACGCGCCUUACAUGUUACCACGCUUUGCCACGCCUUACUAUCACCACGCCUUGCUAUUACCACGCCUCCAUGUUACCACGCUGUUACCAUUACCACGUUACCACGCCUUUCAUGUUACCACGCACACACGCGUUGCACGCCUUCGCUUUGUUACCACGCCUUGCCACGCCCCAUUACCACGCAUUGCCACGCCUCCUGUUACCACGCCUUACCACCACGCCUCCAUGUUACCACGCAUUGCCACGCCUCCAUUACCACGCCUUGCACGCCAUGCCUUACCACGCCUCCAUGUUACCACGCAUUGCCACGCCUCCAUUACCACGCCUUGCUAUUACCACGCCACGCAUUGCCACGCCUCCUUGUUACCACGCCUUGCUAUUACCACGCAUGUUACCACGCCUCCAUGUUACCACGCCUUACCACGCCUUUAUUACCCUUCAUGUUACCACGUUCACCACGCCCCCACGCCUCCAUGUUUGCCCUAUUACCCGCCUUCAUGUUACCACGCUUUGCCACGCAUUACCAUCACCACGCCUCCCCACGCCUCCAUGUUACCACGCCUCCUUGUUACCACGCCCUAUUACCAUGCCUUCAUGUUACCACGCUUUGCCACGCCUCACCACGCCUUGUUACCACGCCUUGCUAUUACCCAUGCUUUACCACCGCCGCCAUACCACCACGCCCCGCCUUUGUUACCACGCCUUCACGCUACCACCUAUGCCUUCACCAUGUUACUACGCUCAUUACCACGCCCCGCUAUUACCACGCCUCCUUGUUACCACGCCUUUACCACGCCUUCGCCACGCCUUACCACCACGCCUCCUGUUACCACGCCUUGCUAUUACCACGCCUUCUGUUACCACGUUGCCGCAUGCCACGCCUCCUGUUACCACGCCUAUUACCAUGCUAGCCCACGCACACGCCUCCUUGUUACCACGCCUUGCUAUUACCACGCCUCCACGCCUCCAUGUUACCACGCUUUUUUCACGCCUCCAUGUUCACCAUGUUACCACGCCUUCCGUUACCACGCCUUACAUCACCACGCCUUCAUGUUACCACACCUACUAUUACCACGCUUCCAUGUAACCACGCCUUGCAUAUUACCACACCCUCCAUGUUACCACACGCCUCCUUGUUACCACGCCUUAUACAAUACCACGCCUUGCCACGCUCCAUGUUACCACGCCUUACCACGCCUUGCUAUUACCAUGCCUUCAUGUUACCACCACGCUCCAUGUUACCACGCCUCCUUGUUACCACGCCCUAUUUCCACGCCUCCAUGUUACCACGCUUUACACGCCCAUGUUACCACGCCUCCUUGUUACCACCGUGCCCUACAUUACCACUUUCAUGUUACCACGCUUUGCUGUUACCACGCCUCCAUGUUGCCACGCCUCCUUGUUACCACGCCUUGCUAUUACCACGCCUUCAUGUUACCACUCCUGUUUAUUACCACGCCUCCUUGUUACCACGCCUUGCUAUUACCAUGCCUUCAUGUUACCACGCCUCCUUGUUACCACACCUCCAUGUUACCACUUCUCCAUGUUUCCACAUCUCCAAGUUACCACUCCUCCAUGUUACCACUCUUCCAUUUUACCACGCCUCCAUGUUACCACUCCUCCAUGCUACCACGCCUGCAUGUUACCACUCUUCCAUGUUACCACACCUCCAUGUUACCACUCCAUGUUACCACUCCUCCAUGUUACCACACCUCCAUGUUACCACACUCCUCAAGUUACUACUCCUCCAUGUUACCACACUUCCAUGUUACCACACCUACAAGUUACCACUCCUCCAUGUUUCCACACCUCCAUGUUACCACUCCUCCAUGUUACCACGCCUCCAUGUUACCACUCCUCCAUGCUACCACGCCUCCAUGUUACCACACCUCCAAGUUACCACUCCUCCAUGUUACCACGCCUCCCUGUUACCACACCUCCAAGUUACCACUCCUCCAUGUUACCACGCCUCCAUGUUACCACUCGUCCAUGCUACCACGCCUCCAUGUUACCACUCUUCCAUGUUACCACACCUCCAUGUUACCACGCCUCCAUGUUACCACACCUUCAUGUUACCACGCCUCCAUGUUACCACACCUUCAUGUUACCCCUCCUUCAUGUUACCACCCCUUGAUACGUUAUCACACGGAGCUACAUUGCUGCCAUGCUGUACGACAACGCCUGGCUAUGUUAUAUAGCCGGGCUAUAUAA